AUGACAGUCCAAGCCACUCCACUCGCGUCUUCAAAUUCCUCGGACGUCACGGAAGCCGCGCUCUCAGGGUGCCAAGUGUGCGCCAGCACCGGGGACUGCUCGCACGCGUACAUGGACGCUCCCGGGCAGUUCUGCGGCAACUGGCUGGACCGAGCCAGCCAGCGACAGAGGUGCUGCUGCCCUCGCAAAGCCACGUGCGACGUGUCCAACUACGCCUGCAAGUGCCGAACGAGCAAAACCAAAGCGCCGACUUCCUCUUUGACUUCAACGACGGGUUCGUCUUCCUCAUCUCGAGCGAGUUGGGGCACCAUUUUCGGCUCUGUGGUCGUGCUGUUCGUCGCGUCUUCGAUCCUCUGGUGCCUGUGCCCUUGCUGCCGCGCGAACAGAUACGCAGCUCUUUCCCAGCCGGCGAUGACGCCCGUAGUCGUCCAAGCUCCAGCAGCGUACGCUCCAGGUCACGCCAACGCGUACGCACCAGGAUAUGCUCCUGGGUAUGCAUACGCACCAGGACCUGUGUAUGGCGCCCCGGUGUACGGUGGAGGUGGUUACCCCAACGGAGGAGGAAUGGGUGCAGGCUCCAGCGCAAUGCUCGGAGGUGUCGCCGGCAUGUUCGGCGGUCUUCUCGUUGGUCAAGCGCUCUCUAACGCCGGAGGACAUCAUGGAUACCAUGGAGGUAGCGACAACACUUGCUACGCUGACAAUGGAGGGGGCGAAGAAUUCGGCGGCGACUUCUAA